GGUCCUUGGCUGCCCGUGCCUCAGCCUCACACGGCGCCACCCCUCAGGCUGUGGGCCGUGCCCCCCCUGCAGCAUCCUUUGACUGGUGCAUUUCCCCCAUAGUGCCCUGUGGGCCGGGGGCAGGUGGGUUAGGACAUACCAGUGUCCUUACUGGGGUGUCCUAGGUCAGACCAUACCAGUUUGUCAAAGGCACCUCUGAAAUACUGGUUCUGGGUCAGAUCUGCAGCUCACAAUUUAGAGAGGGAUACGCAGCUGACACCCACGGCCCACGUGUACCAGUUUUAUUAGGCAUCUCCUUUUUGGCUUUUUUUAAAAGCAACAACCAUAUUUUCUGGUGGGCAACCAAAUCUGAGAUUCAGGUUGUCUCUAGAGUGUGCGCAGUCCUUUAAAUUGUCUUAUUUAGAUUUAUAAUCUUGUGAGGAAGGAUUUUUUAGAUGAGUGAUCCAUUCAAAUUGUAUGAAUUGCAGUGAAGACAGGAGAGAAUCUAACUCUUUCCCUUUUUUUUUCUUUCAUGCAGAUCAUAAGCCACAAGUUGAUGCUUUGGAUCCAGAUAAGUUAAUACAAUGUCCAUGUGAUCGUUAUCAUCAAAUCCGAGCCUGUCGGUUUCCCUAUCAUCUUGUAAAGUGCAGGAAGAACCACCCUGAUAUUGCAGAGCAGCUAGCCACAUGCCCCUUUAAUGCCCGCUAUCAGGUUCCCAGAGCUGAGAUCAGCUAUCACAUAUCAAGCUGUGAUGACAAAAGCUGCAUUGAGCAAGACAUUGUGAGUCAGUCAAAUACCUGCCACAGAGAGAUGAUGAAUACUGUCAGCAUGUGGCAGCCGCCCCCAUAUGACGAAGACUGGGAUAAAGAGCUACAGGAGCAAGCAAAUUCUGUGUUCGUUUGGGGCACGUUCAAUAGUGGCAUAAACAACAGCCCUGGGUCCAGCGUAAUGAUGGAACCAAAGAAUAACCUAAUGCCAGGCAUAAGAGCACCCAGGUCCUUGCCAUAUAGCCUAUCCUGGAAAAGCAGGACAUCAAUGACCUUCAGUCUCAAGAAGGAAGUGAAAGAGACCCCAAGAUCCUGGCAGUGUCCCCCCUGCCAGGAGAACUGAGAAGCAGAUGAGUAUCCAUGAAGAAACUCUUGUCUCGGUCACUGGCAUGUGGCACCUAUGGCUUACAGGACUUGACUGAGGCUGUGGUACUAUAGUGUAGGUGUAAUCCACCCCCUCAAGGAUGUAGCUAGGUCAGUGGAAGAGGUCUUUCAUUGACCUGCCAGUGUCUAUACCAGGGCUUAAAUUGGCUUAACUACAUCUCUCGAGGGAUGAAUGUUUCACAUUCCGAAGGGACAUUGUGAGGUCGGUGUAAGUUUUAGUGUAGACCAGGCCUUAGAGCGUGAAACCACACACCAUGCUGCCUUUAGCGUUACCUGUCACUACUAUACCUUGUCUACACAUGGAAGCUGACUGGCGUUCCGUGAUCCUUCUCUGAGUACUUCAGAAUCUGUGACUUCAAUUCCAGAAUAAUUCAUGUGCUUCAUAAGUGAAGAAAUCCUGGAAUACAAUGAUGCUUGUUCUGAAAUAGCCCCCACCUUAUUGGGCCACUAUCUCAGAAUAGCUACUCUGGUCAACUCCCCCUGUAGAUAACUCCGUUUAGACCACUGUGGGCUUUUGUUUUAAAUAGGAUUAAAGGUUUGGUGUUUGUGGUGGCUAGUGUUUCACUCGACCAGUUUAACACAUGCUAGAGUACGA